UCCCGUCACUGUCCUUCUCAACAACCGAUCUACCCUGCGCCAACCAUCGAACGCGCGAAAAACUUAAGGAACACUUGCCUCCCCAUCUCUCCCCGCCAUGACCCGCAGCAUUGUUAGUUUGCAAGUUGGUCAAUGCGGGAACCAAGUGGGUCUCAAGUUCUGGGAAGGGAUUUCGGCCGAGCAUGGCAUCGAUGUCGAUGGUAAAUACAUCGGCGAUCGUCCCGACCAGGAGCUCCAUCGCAUUGGCGUCUAUUACAAUGAAAGUUCUAGCGGAAGCUAUGUGCCCCGUGCCGCGAUGCUGGAUCUCGAACCCGGCGUCUUGAUGGCCAUCAAAAAUUCAAAGCGCGGGCAACUCUUCCAUCCUGACAACUUUGCGUACGGUCAAUCCGGGGCAGGGAACAACUGGGCUAAGGGCCAUUACACGGAGGGUGCUGAACUUGUAGAAACUGCUUUGGAUAUCAUUCGAAGGGAAGCUGAGACUUGCGACGUGCUUCAAGGUUUUCAGGUUACUCACUCUCUAGGGGGCGGGACUGGAUCUGGCAUGGGCACAUUGCUUGUGUCGAAAAUCCGUGAAGAGUAUCCCGAUCGCAUGAUGUGCACCUACUCCGUGCUCCCAUCUCCUAAGGUAUCCGACACUGUCGUUGAGCCUUACAAUUGCACCCUUUCAAUUCAUCAACUGAUUGAAAACGCCGAUUGCGUUUUCGCAAUUGACAAUGAGGCCUUGUAUAACAUCUGCUACAACACCUUGAAAAUUGAGCAGCCGUCCUAUGAUGAGCUGAACAGUCUCAUUUCCAGCGUCAUGUCCGGUAUCACUUGCUCGCUUCGGUUCCCUGGGCAGCUCAAUGCUGACUUGCGGAAACUUGCAGUCAACUUGGUUCCCUUCCCUCGUCUGCACUUCUUUGCCGUCGGACAUGCACCACUGGCUGCAUCCAACUCCGCUGGAUAUCGCUCCCUUUCCGUCCCGGAGCUCGCUGGACAAAUGUUUGAUCGCAACAACAUGAUGGCUGAAAUCGACCCGCGUGAAGGUAGGUACCUCACUGCUGCAGUCUAUUUCCGUGGUAAGGUUAGCACGAAAGAAGUCGAAGACGAGAUGACAUUGAUGCAGACCAAGAACUCGGCUUACUUUGUUGAAUGGAUUCCGCACAACAUAAAGACCUCUGUAUGUGAUAUUCCGGCAGCUGGCGAAAAGAUUUCCUCUGCAUUUAUCGGAAACACCACUGCAAUUGAGGCAACCUUCAAGCGGUUUGGUAACCAAUUCCGCUCCAUGUUCAGACGUAAGGCCUUUUUGCAUUGGUACAAGAGUGAAGGCAUGGACGAGCUUGAGUUUUCGGAAGCCGAGUCGAACUUGGCCGACCUUGUUUCCGAAUAUCAGCAGUACGGUGAAGCGACUGCUGACGGUGUGGAGGGAUACGAAGAAGAAGGGUAUGAGAACGACCAUCCGGAAGACGAUGAGGAAUAAGCCUAGACGAAAGGAUGUCCUUAUUUUUAUCCAUGACAGGCUUCAUGACUUCUGGGGCAGGAAAAUGUAGGCUCUGGCUGGGUUCUUCGGGACCUCAGUCCGGAACGAGGAAAUUCAUGAUGCCUAGGUGUAGAGGUCAGGUUCUGGUUGAUGUGCCAAAUUCCAAGUUGUGUCACCGUUUUGCGAGUCCAUUCCUUCGUGGUUGAAGAAAGUUCGGUCUUGUUAGUUGCCAGUAUCAUCUCUUUGUCGAGGGGUGUACGCCUUAGAUUGGGCACCAGUUUGAUAACCCAUGCAACAACUCUAUGGUCGUCUGAGUGGGUGCGUGGAACCAUUAAAUUCUUGGUUGCCU